AUCAAGAUGACAUCUCCGAUAGCCAAUGGGGCGUUGGCGCGGGUGAGGCGGGCCGGGCGGCGCCGCCAUUUUGUGAGUCUAUAACACGGAGCGGUUGGGCUCGUUCCUGCUAUUCCGGCGCCUCCACUCCGUUCCCGACGGGUCUCCUCCGCGUGCAAUGGACGGCAUUGUCCAAGAUAUAACAGUUGGUACAAAGCGGGGAGCUGACGAGCUUUUCUCUACUUGUGUUACUAACGGACCCUUUAUCAUGAGCAACAACUCUUCUUCUGCAGCUAAUGGAAACGACAGCAAAAAAUUCAAAAGUGACAAUAGGAGUCCUGGGGUCCCUUCCCGAGUAAUCCACGUCCGAAAACUCCCCAGUGACGUCACAGAGGCGGAGGUCAUUUCCUUGGGCUUACCUUUCGGCAAGGUCACCAACCUUCUCAUGUUGAAAGGAAAAAAUCAGGCCUUCAUAGAGAUGAACACGGAGGAGGCGGCCAACACCAUGGUGAACUACUACACCACGGUCACUCCCAUCCUGCGGACCCAGCCCAUCUACAUCCAGUUCUCCAACCACAAGGAGCUGAAGACGGACAACUCUCCAAACCAAGCACGUGCCCAGGCCGCUCUGCAGGCUGUGAACUCCGUCCAGUCGGGGAACCUGGUGCCCUUGGCCUCCGCCGCGGCCGUGGAUGCGGGAAUGGCAAUGGCUGGGCAGAGCCCCGUCCUGAGGAUCAUUGUGGAGAAUCUCUUCUAUCCUGUCACUCUCGAUGUCCUGCAUCAGAUUUUUUCCAAAUUUGGUACAGUCCUGAAAAUAAUUACCUUCACGAAGAACAACCAGUUUCAGGCCCUCUUACAAUAUGCUGACCCAGUGAGUGCUCAGCACGCCAAACUGUCCCUGGAUGGACAGAACAUCUACAACGCCUGCUGCACGCUGCGCAUUGACUUCUCAAAGCUCACAAGUCUCAAUGUCAAAUACAAUAAUGAUAAGAGCAGAGACUACACACGGCCAGACCUGCCUUCUGGGGACAACCAGCCUGCUCUGGAUCAGACAAUGGCUGCUGCCUUCGGAGCCCCAGGAAUAAUCUCCGCUUCUCCGUAUGCGGGAGCUGGUUUUCCUCCUACCUUUGCAAUUCCUCAGGCUGCAGGCCUGACAGUCCCCAAUGCACUAGCUCCUUUGGCUAUCCCAUCAGCAGCAGCUGCGGCGGCUGCAGCAGGACGGAUUGCCAUCCCCGGCCUCGCUGGGGCAGGGAACUCUGUUCUGCUGAUUAGCAAUCUCAUUCCCGAGAGAGUUACACCCCAAUGCCUCUUUAUUCUUUUCGGAGUCUAUGGUGAUGUGCAGAGGGUGAAGAUUUUAUUUAAUAAGAGAGAGAAUGCCCUAGUUCAGAUGGCUGAUGGGAACCAGGCCCAGCUUGCCAUGAGCCACCUGAACGGGCAGAAGCUCUAUGGGAAGCCCGUCCGGAUCACGCUCUCCAAGCACCACAUGGUGCAGCUGCCCCGCGAGAACCAGGAGGACCACGGCCUGACCAAGGACUAUGGCAAUUCUCCUCUACAUCGCUUCAAGAAACCAGGCUCCAAAAAUUUCCAAAACAUCUUUCCCCCUUCUGCCACUCUUCAUCUGUCCAAUAUUCCGCCUUCAGUAACCGAAGAAGACCUUAAGAUGCUGUUUUCAACCAAUGGUGGGAUGGUCAAAGGAUUCAAAUUCUUCCAGAAGGACCGUAAGAUGGCUCUGAUCCAGAUGGGCUCUGUGGAAGAAGCCAUUCAGUCCCUCAUUGAGCUCCAUAAUCAUGACCUGGGGGAGAACCAUCACCUGCGUGUGUCCUUCUCGAAGUCCACCAUUUAAAGCUUCGGAAGGCGCGAGACAAAAUGGACUUGACUUAAAACCUCUUGGGUUCAGCCUUGACCUUAAAAGGCUGAACACGAGGGUUUCAACUUCCAUCAUUCCAGAAAAAAAAAAAAGCCACUUUAAAAAUGCAGCUGAAGUGACCUUAAAAGACCAGAGAUUUUAUUUUUUUAAAGAGAAAUCAGUUUACCGGUUUUUAAAAAAAAAAAAAAAAUUAAAUCUAAUUCCUAUUGCUAACCUUGCGGUGAUGGGUAACAAUCUUGACUGUUCAAAUAAAAAUCACAAGAUAAAGUUUACACUUUGGAACCUGCUCUGGGAAAUUCCCCUCCCCUCCUGCUCCUUCUCCCCCAAACAGCAGAUCCUAACAAGUUUAUCAGGUUUCACGUUGAUGCCUUUUUUAUUUUCUUUACCCAUCCAUGCCUUGAAAGACCUAAAACCACUGUGUCAAUUCACUUUAGCGCCUUUGAGUCAGGAUUGUGGGAAAUGCAUGGUGUGUAGAGCUCCCACCUUGCCCAGCACACGGAUUAAGUUGCAUCAAUCCUGCCUUACCCUGCACCUCUGCCUGUGCCUUAGACCUUGUGCUGCUCUGGGGAGAGCUCAGAGCCGCAGGGAGCGGGGGCAGAGCUGGGGGAGGCAGCGCUGGCUCUGGGGAAGGGUGAGUGGAGCUGGCAAAGUGGAUAAAGAAAAUAUCAGGCUUUGGCUCCCGAGGCAGUUGUGUCCCGCUGAGAUGUCCCCAUCUGUGUAGUAUCAUGUCCUUGUGCCCCUUCCCAACCCGCCGGGGGCCUCUCGCUGCCCCCACAGCGAGCGGGAGUCACUCGGGAGCCCGUGUCCGUACCCUGGGACCCGGCGGGAAGGUCUGGGUGGGGAAAGGUUCCCAAACCAAACCACAUCCCCUUGUCCCAGCGAGCCCCUGCCCUGCCCUUGGCAGAGCCUGAUCAGGAUACGAAACCAACCACUUCGGACACUUGUGAAGACGAAUCAUUAUGAGUUUGUCAAAUUGUGUGUGUAUAUAUAUAUAUCUAAAUACUUGGCUAGGAUUUGAAGAAUUAUUGGGUAUCCCACGUCUAGAAAGGUGUUCCUGUGAGUCACCUUCGUGCCCCUGAUUUGAGAUUAACCAGACCAAUGUAGCUCUGCCGUCAUUCUUAUAGCAUGUCUUCAGCGUUUGAGCUUUUUGUUUUAAUUCUUGUAUUAUACUUUUGAUGCCGUUGCUGUCAUCUGUGCCUAGCAAUAUUUCCAGUUGACCAAAUAUUCUAAUCUCUUUAUAUGCAAAAGAAAUAGUUUAAGUACCUUUUUAUAGAAUGAUAAGAUGGUAUAAACAUAAUCUAAAUUUACUCCUUUGUGGUAUUACCCUUGUAUACUGUACUUUCUUAUUUUAUUUUUUUUUUGUAAUUGAAACUGUAGGGCAGGAAUUUAGUUACAGGCUGAGGUCAUGACUGAGGGUGAGUAACGUAAUGAAAUCGAUAAAACCUGUUCAGUGAAGCAGAUUUUUUAAAAGCAAAGUGUGUGAGAUAACGAGCACAAACAGCUUGUGAGGUUAAGAAGAAGGACCCAGGCUAAAGUUUUUACCUUUUUAACCGAUAAGCCCAGAUCUUUUAAGUUAUAGGAAGGGAAUUCAUUAAAAGUAGAACGCAGCAGAUCGUUUGUUCCCAAUGAUACAACCAUUUAUUUUGUUUUUUCUGGCUUACGACUCUUUCCCAGGCCAUUCUGCCUUCUCUUUCGUGUGAUCCGAUGUUGCCUUACAUUUCCCUCUAACCUGCAACCUGUUCGGAUGCAAAAUAACAAGAAUCUUGUACUUUUUUUCAGGGUUUUUCUGCAAAUUGUGGACCAAAGUUUGUUUUUUAAUUGUCUUAGUGUUGCAAGUUAUGAUUUCCUUGCUUAGUGUGGGAGCUCUUGACUUGCCUGGCACUGAGUGUUCGGAAAAGUCUUAACUUUCCUUAGUUCCUCCCCGAACUCUCGAGGAUGUGAAUUGUGCUGGAGAAGCCUGUGACGUCUUGGGGGGGGGGUCAGCUCGGGCUGCAGCCCUGGGACUGGGGAUCCCGGGAAUCCUCCUCCUCCUCCUCCUCUGCCCGGGAAGUGGUGCCCCAGUGGAGCCGAGGAGGAGACGCUGGGUUUGGGUACCCCAAAAUCUGAGCAAACCUGUGAUUGGAGCCCUGAGAUCCCUCUGGGAAGCUCCGGGUGUCCUUGCCACCAUCUGGUGCUCAGCGGGGACAGUCCCGAUCCUGGUGGCCCUUGUUGGAGCCAGUUUGCUCCUCCCGGAGCGGGGACGGGUCCCUCCUGCCCGUGGGGAGCAGGGGCUCUGUCCCCCCACGUCCCCCUGCAGCCCAAGGGUUCCCCAGCCUCCCCCUGACCCCAGGAGGGGGCUCGUUGGAACCAGCCCCCCCCUCCCCUGCGGUGGCCCCCGCUGUCCUGGUCACCCCACGGGAGACAGAGUCCUGCAGGGGGUGAGCAGAGGAGUGGGGUGACCCCCAACCAGGCGAGGGUGGGUUUUUCCUUUGGAUCCCUGUGUUUGCAUGUAAAGAAUGUGAGUAACAAAAGGGUGUACAUAUUUAUAAUUUUUUUAUACCUGUUGUAAGACAUGAGGGGGCAGCAAAACCCAGUUUUUUAUGGUGAACAGAUGUAUUGUAUAUUUUGAUAACAGCUAUUCCAGGUUCAGUAUUGUGGAAGGUGGGGUGGGGAGGGUAAGCAUUCACACCAUCAGAAUUCCAUUGCCUCUUUCAAAGAAUGUUUGUAAUGCAAAAAGAAAUGAAAUUAAAACUAUUUUAUAACAACCUUUGUACCUUUCUGUAGCUCCAUUAUUUACUGUUGAGAUUGUAGAAAGCAGUUAUUGGCCAGUCUGUACUUGUGCUUUCAAUAAAUUUCUUCUGUAUCCUUUG